UAUUUAUCAACAUUUUUACACUAAAUUUACAGUUACUAUAACCAGAAAAUUUGUCUCACUUCAAUAAGAAAUUAAAUCAAAUAAUUCAUCUGAAUCUGAUGUUAAAAAAGUAAAAUUGUAAAAGUAAAACUUUAAAGUUGUUAAAAUUAAAAGUCAAAAGUGUAGUGAAAGACUAGUACUCGUAGUGUAAAUUUGUGUAAGUGUAAGUACCACAGUCACAGUAUAGAUGAGUUAGUACAGUCAGAAUGAAUAGUAAAUAGUAUUACUACAAAUACUUGUAAGACUUUUGAUUGAUUUGAGUCUUGAGUAAAAUUGACUCAAAUUGAGUGGUUGAAAGUUUCUAUACUAUACUAUACUAUAACCCAGUGACUGGCCCAGUGAGUUGGUAAGUUGAUCCUGACUAAACUAACUAACUAACUACUAACUUCUUCAACUUUUGUCUUAUUAAAAAAAUAAAACAAAACACUAAUUAAAUAAGGCUAGUCUUCUUAGUUCAUUAUCAAACUUAUGUCUUAUGAUAUAACUAUAACUAUAAUUUAUAAUUAUAAUAGUUUUACAGAAUAUACUAAUAAUUUAAAUAAAAAUAAUAUCAUUUUAAUAUUAUUAAUAGUAUUAGGUAGGAACAGCUUUUAUGAAAUUUUCAAAAAAUCUCUGAAUAGUUUACAAAUUUACUUUUACAAAAACACCAAUAUCAACUAUGUAGCACUCAUCACUCACAUCAAACUCACAUUAUGCAUUUUUCUAGUGCUGACAACGUCAAGAGUCAUUUUUACCAUGUGAGUUUUCCUCCACAUUUUUUACUCACAUUAGCUCAUCCACUAUUCAGUUCAAGACUGCCUGACUUUCACCCAUACACCCAUAUUUUUUGUGUGGAUAUUUCUCAAUAUAAAAAUUAAAAUUGUCAUAUUUACACUAUUUUUAAUAAUAUUAAAUAUUAUAAAUCAGAUUUUCAGUCAGAUGCCUAUUAGAGAAAUGUUACAAAUAUAAUAUCCCAACACAUUAUAUGUGGACAUAAAAUGGCCUAUGACAGCAUUAAAGAAAAUAUCUGUAUGAGCCUCUGCAGGAGUUCGACAUACCCACCAAACUGACAAGAUUGAUGCAUGUAUCAUUAAACAACUCAAAAAGCAAAAUCAAGGUUCAGGGAGAAUAUUCAAGGGAGUUUCAGAUUAAACAAGGCCUAAGACAAGGAGACUCACUGUCUUGUCUUGUAUGCUAUUUAACCUAACAUUAGAGAAAGUUAUAGGAAGCAUGCACAUUGACAACUGAGGAACAAUAGCAGGAUACUUUCCGAGGGAGACCCAAGACUCUACAUUCAACCCCUUCAUUAUCUUGCAUAUGCUGACAAAGCACUGUUAGGGAAAAGUAGUAAAUACAUAUCAAAAGCCUUUAUUGAAUUAGAAGACACAUCAAUACAAGCAGAGCUGGGAGUUAACAACCAAAAAAACAAAAUACUUGACUUUGAUAAGAGAAGAACAGACAGAUGAAACCAUUAAAAUUAGAGACCACACUUUUGAAAAAGUAAAUCAAUUCAAACACCUAUGAUCUUCUUUAAAUGAAAGAACCGAAUUACUAACAGAAAUAACAGAAAAAAUAUCUGCCAGAAACAGGGCAUUCUUCAGUAGUCAGAAAAUACUAAAAAGUAACAACAUUACAAGAAGAAAAUAAAGAAAACUAUACAUAAAACUGUAAUCAGACUAGUUGUAACAUACGCAAGUGAAACUGGGGCAUAUAUGGACCAACAAAUGAUGAAUAUGGAUGAAAUUUAUGAACCAACCAGGAAUUUUAUAGUAUAUAUCAGGAUCCCACGCUAGUAGCAAAAAUUAAAAAGGGUAGGCUAUGUAGGGAAGAACACUUAGAAAGAAUGCCAAACGACAGACGAGUGAAGAGGGUACAUCACCAAAACCCCAGAGGAAAACUGCUUAAAGGCAGACAAAGGCUUAGAUGGAAGGAUGAUGUGGAAAAAAGAUCUACAACAGCUGGGAAUCCAAGCAUGGAAAAGAAAAGCAUUAGUUAGGUCUGAAUGGAAGGAAGAGUGAGGCAGGCCAAAGCCCAACAUGGGCUGUAGCACCACAGGGAUGGAUAUAUAUAUAUAUUAUACAUUAAGUAAUGAAAGUAUUAAUGCAAUAUUCAAAGCCUUUUCUAGAUAUUUAAUAAUCAUGCUUUGCCACCGUAGACCAGAUUUGAAAAAUUCCCACCUCUCCCUCAUUUUUCUCGUCAUGUGCUCAAUUUUUCGCUGUUAUAUUUUAAAACAAAAUAUUCUAAUAUAACCAUCUAAAUUUAAUUCUAUCACAUAGAGAGAUUACUAUUAAUCUGCAAAAGUCCCCAUUAAACUGACUGCAGCUUGCGGCGCAGCUGCUGAAAGUUUUCCAUAGUGGAAGUGGCGCAGAGCUCUGCCAAAAAAAAAAAAAAGGUCUGCUCUACAAAAAUAGACAAAUGGACUACUAAAUGGUCAACUGCUAAAUAAUAGAAUUUUUAAUAUCAUCGGUUCUUCCCCGGCGCUCUAGUUGACAAGCCUGUGGUGGCUUGCCAAUUAGGAGGCAUUGGCCACUGGACCCUCUCGACGUUACCCAAGGAACAAGAUCACCAUUGUGUAUCCUGAGUGGGCAGACAAGGAACAAGCAUGGUACCUUCCAGAAUAAAAACAGCACCUGCAGGGCUGCCAACUGUGACGCUUGAUAGUUGGAAGUAAAGGCAGAGGCAGGGUAGGGAUCAUGAUUACAAGUUGCCUCUAAUGGUUAUUAGGCUAUCGGCAAAGGUGGAAACCUCUAGCCGAUGAUUCUAACUACGCAGCCCUGAGAAAGCUAUUCCUAGGCAACGGUUUUAUCCCAGCUACUUUGCAAACUAGUUGGGCGUCCGACGCUUCCUGGGGAUGGGUGGGGGAAGAUAUUAGGAUGUAAAUGUACCAUCCAGACUCCCUGGGAGAGUUGGCUGAAAAUGCUUUAAACGCAGAGUUUUUGAGCGGGUGCGGGUGGUGGCAGUCCAGGCCGGGAAAGGUCCCCGGUUUGCCACAGCACAGUCCGACAUCAGGGAGACCCGGCGUUUGGGCUGUGUGGAGGUGCGUUGGGGAGGGCAUUAAGAGCUCACGCUCGAUGGCCCGCGACGCCAUUUCCCAAUGUAACAUAUCAUCUGCUCAGGAAUUUUUAUUGCAUUGACCCUGUCUUGGCCAGUAUGUAUCUCCUCAUGAGCUAUGAUUGUUAUAAAUAUAAUCUAAUUACUGUAAUUGUAAACCAUAUGUGUUGAUUAUCUUUAAUAACUAUUACAAUCAGGGUUGCCAACUCAAUAAAAAAUGUAGACAAGUAUUCUAAAUCUUCAUAAAUUUCUACAGACACAUUUUUAAAAUAUGUCUCUAUGAAUUUAUCAUUCUAUGACCAUGAGGCAUGAGCCUAAAUUAUGACAUUAGUUUAUUGUAUGGCAUUGUCUUAUCAUGAUCAUACAAUUUAAAACAAGCUAGAAAAAUUCAUAGACUGAGAUUUUAAGUUUUGCUUACAAAUUCUCAUUUUUUUUACAGACAUCCUUAAAUUCUCAAAGGCUUCUACGGGCAGGUCAUUUUAGCCCCAAUUUUUACAGAAUGUCUAUAAAAAUACAUACAUUUGGCAAUCCCUAUUAGAGACCAUCUUAAAAAUUCAAUGCAGUAACUUUUUCCUUAAUUGAACUUUUGUAGCAUAUGGUUAUUAUGGGUAUGCAUUAGUUGUCAGUGAAGUUUUUGCUUGCUCAUUUUUCUUUCAAGGCCUCCAAGUCAGUUAUUAAAACCAUUGUUUGAGAGAGCACUUGCACUGCUUUAAAAAAAAAAUGUUUAAAGACUCAUUAUUUUGCUCUAUUGGUAAUUCUGUGAUAGUUUUCAGAUUUCGGUAUAUAAAUAUAGCCUUAACAUAUCUUCUUUCAAUUUUAAGUUUUGCGUACAAAUUCUCAUUUUUUUUACAGACAUCCUUAAAUUCUCAAAGGCUUCUACGGGCAGGUCAUAAAUUGAUCGUGGGCCCUUAAGAUAUAGAAGAAAUGUUCUAUAUGUAAAGACUUUCAAGUUCUAAGCUUGUAUUUGAGAACCUUCGUUUAUUUAUGAAAAUGGCCAUGUGUAAUUUUGAGACCCCUUUAAAUAUAAGGCUUAAGAUAAAUUUGCACCCCACCCCUUUUCCAGUGAAAAGAUAAAAAUAAUUAAAUGAAAGUCUGUACUCUUCUAAUGUCUAUAAUACAUUACUUACAUAGUUGCUAAGCUGUUCAGAUUUUUUACAAAAAGUUUAAAUACAUUUAUUAGACAGUAGAUUCAAGUGAGAAUUUUGAAAGAAUGGUCUUUCUUUCCUGAAAUAUCCAACACAUUCUGUGUGACUUUUAAGUGCUUGCACAUUAACCUUGACUAUAAAACUGCACCCACACUCACAUCUUCAUUACAGGCUGACCAAAAAAAAGUUUGGUCAUGGCACCUUGAGUUGUAGGUAUGUUCCUCAUGUAAUUUGGAGCACUGAUUCCAAAACCCAAAUCGGAUUUGCUGUACUAUAUCCUUUUUCAGAGACAUGGUUGAGAUUUUAAAAAUUUAGUCCAAUGAUAUCAAAUGCAGAAUCAGAACUUCUUAAAUCUUUUCUUAUAUAAGGGAAAAUUAAUGUUUUUAAAUUACUAUAAUUUUGUGUGUGUUUAAAGACAUUCAUUUACUUCCUUUCUUUACUAUGCAUUGGCAUAAAAUUGUUAAUGUCAAAGGUUAAGACUAACUUUUUUCUGCUUAUUAACUGAUUAUGUGUAAGAUAUUUAGAUAGUAAAUCUUUAUUUCCUAGACUAAAUAAAUGUGUGCUUCCAAAGCCUCCUGACCUGAUAUGUUUUAAAACCUAUAUCUGAGUUUAAAAAAAAAAACAUUCAGGUUAUUUGUUGCCAAGCUUGGUAAUAAAGAUAAACCAUUGGCUCCUCAUUACAUGCAAAACUUGUACCAUACAGAGCAUUUGCUCUACCUGACAAAUGGGAAAUAAAUUUUUAGUUUUAUUGGUUAGGAAGGAACCAAAAAACCACUUCGAUAACUGUUCUUUUAGUAUUUAGUUAAUAGGAUGGGAUUCAAACAAAACAGUCUUAACAAGUGUUUUUACCCUAACCUAUCUUCACUCGGAUUUUGCAUCCUCUCCUCAUUUCCAUGAAAUAUAAUUGCUCUCAGCAGAUAAGUCUUGCAUGUCUUUUCUAAUACAAGACAAAGAAAUAGAUGACAGAUAGUGAUUACCAAACAAUUUCCAAUUGUGAACGUUUUGACGAAAGUGAAUUGAACAAUCUGGUUAGGGAUUAAAGUCUUUCUAAGUAUUCCUCUGAAUUGCUUGAUCCCAAAAGACAGUUUAUGCAUUCAAUACAUAGCUUAUAAGUUAACUGGAAUUACCAAAGAGAAACAGAAGGCUUGAGUUUUUGAUGGUCCACAGAUUAGAAAAAUUAAAAAUGACCAAGAUUUCUCAUUGUCAAUAAAUGAAAUGGAAUUAUUAGACCUUGCUGUCUUUCUUGAAGUCACCUAAAUCCCUUUCCAGAGAAUCCUAACCAUACUGAAUAUUUCCAAAAAUAGAUGACUGCGGUUUAGAGUGAAAUAAAUCGUUACCUUGUCUUUGAAGGCGGAUAUUCUGCUAUAGAUAUCAAUUAACAAGUUUGUGCAGAAGGCAAUAUCGCAUUUUGGUAACUGAUUAUAAAAUAGGCCAAGUGCUAGUACCAAAUUGUAUCAAAAUGAGAGUUGCUUUGACUGUUCUAAAAAUACAUUUCAACGGCUGCUUUAUUAUAAAAUAUGUCGAUCCGACCUUUUUAUGUGGAACAUUUGGGAAUCCAUUGUAAAAACCAAUAACCAGUUUGAAACCUGAUUACUAAAACCAAUCACAGGUUUGAAGAAAAAAAAAUUGAUACCAACACCCAUAGUUUCAACUGACUUGUGAUAUUAGAAACAAAUAUCAUUAAUUAUGGGAAAUACAUGGUUUAUGAAUAUUGUUAUAAAAUAAAAAAUGCAUUAAUUUAAAUUUCAUUACUUUAACUGCAGGUCUGCCGCUGAAGCUCUCCUAUCAUCCAAACGUUUUAAGGGCUUGAAUGACUGAAAAAAAUGCAACUGUUUCCCCACCAAACCAGACAGAUUUUAGAUCUAAGAUGGAUAAUUUUGCUUCGGUACGUAUUUGUAUAUUGUAAGAAUUCACACUCUGUGACUUGUGUCACAACUUAAAUGACCACAGGAGAUAUUAAAUGGAAGUAUAUAUAUGUUUUUUAAUUAUUAUUUUUUUAUUUAAUGUGUUUAUUUUUAUUUUCAUUCAAAUAUAAUUCAUAUUAGGCUUAUAGACUUGCAAUAAAAUUUAACAUGUUAAAAAUUUAUAUUUGGUUUGAGUAUGUAAUUUAAAAAAAAAAAGGAAUUGUAGCUUUAUUCACAUCCUAAUGGUUCUGAUUUUAGUCUCCAGUAAUGAAAUCAUUUCUGGCUGGAGCCUUUAGUGGCACAUGCUCAUCAAUUCUUUUCCAGCCUCUAGACCUUGUCAAGACCAGGCUUCAAAAAUCUGUCAACAUUGGGUGAGCAUUUUGCAAUUUAAAUUGAAAUACAAAGCGGGACUCCUGUUUUGAGGGAAACUUUUUAACAGGUCUUAUUUAUAACAAUUGAUUCAACCAUAUACUUUAUAGUAUAAGUCAAAUAUGUCUUUUAAAAAUUCUUCUGCAUAAAAUAAUAAUAUGUUGGUUUGUUUAUUUUUUUUUUCAAUUUGUAAGGAGCAUAAUCCUGUUUUCUAAAUUUCAUAAGCUUUUUUUUUUAAAUAGCCAUAGUUUUAUUUAAAACACAAUGUAAUUCAAAUAUAUAUAAAUGUAUAGUGUACGGGUAAUUGGGAAAAUGUAUCAUUGAUUCAGCUUGAAAAUGAAAGGAAUUCCAUGUAAACUUAUAUUAUUUUCAGUACUAAGCUUGGAAUGAUAGCUGAGAUUGUAAAUGUUGUUAAACAAGAAAAAGUAAUUGGACUUUGGACUGGGCUUAUGCCUGUAAGGAAAAUAGAUAUACAGUAUAUUUUUGCAAGAUUACUUAUAAAAUUUCUUUCUUCUGUCAAUUUUUUAAUAGAUAAUUAAAGAUAAAAUAUAAAAAUAGCUAAGUAGAUGUAAAUGGCUGUAAUCAAAUUUUAUUGAGCCCGUUUAGUAAAUUUUAUUGCCUCCUUAUAUUUAGGCCUACCAUUUAAAAGACCAGUAAUAGAGUAUUAUUUUUGUUGUCGGCCUACCAUUUAAUGGACCAGUGACAAAGUAUUUCGUUUCUUGUAGGCCUACCAUUUACAACACCUCUAAUAUAGUAUUUUGUUUGUUGUAUACCUACCAUUUACAACGCCACUAAUAUGGUAAUUUGUUGUAGGCGUACCAUUUAAAAUACCACUAAUAUAGCAUUGUGUUUGUUGUUACAUGAUCUACUACAUGACCAGUCCCUCUUGCGAUGUGUCCCAGGAAUCGGUCUUUAUUUUGCAAGUCUCCAUUGGCUGAAAUCUUCGUUUGGGUGAGAUGUCCUCUAAUAAUUAAUCUGUUAAUGGAAAGUUGCAGCAUUGUAAGGUGUAAUUUUGUACAUGUUUUGCAACAUCUCUAAACCGGAAAGCUUAAACCAUAGGAUGAUACUAUAAUAUUUGUUGUUUUAAACAAUAGUACUGGUAUUCAAGUUGGUGAUAAUUUUGAUUUUAAUAAAGCAGUGUCUCAAUUAAGAAAACUGUUUUGACUGAUAAAUUUGAGAUUUAAAAAAAAUAAAUUAUUGUCUUUAUAGCAACUCAUUAAUUAUGAAUUUAAUGCCAUAAUAUAAAUGUGAUAAGCAAAAGUCAUAAAUGAUUUAAAUUAUCAUCUCAUUAAUUUUUAACAACAUGAAAUCCUACAGAAUUUAUGAAGUACAAAUGACAUACAUUUACAUCUUUAUGUUCAUGAACUGUAUUAAGAAAUGUAAUUCUAUAUCAGGAGUAGCUCUCCACAUCCUCUUGAAUCAGUCAUCUUAGGAGCAUCAGCAAGAACGUUAGCAGGAGUUAUGGUCUUACCCUUCACAGUUUUAAAAACCAGAUAUGAAGUAUGUUUUAACUUCCAUGGCAUACACUAGAACAUACAUUAGUUUGAUAAAUAAAUAAAGAAUUCAAUAAAAAUUGGACUCAGAUUAUACUGAGAUUGCAUCUUUUUUAAUUGCAGCGCUAAGUUGAUAUUUGGCUUUUAUUAAAUUUAUUUUCCAUUGUUUUGUCCUUCAUCUCGCUAUUUAUGAUAAGUUUUGGAUUUCUUUAAUCAUUCACCGGCUGCCUUAAAAAUUUAACAUUUCUGUUUUAAUAACGUAUUCUCAAUCUCUGUAUUCACUAAAGAGAUAAAUACAAGUCUUAAUUUGAAAAUUAAUUGAAAAGGUUUGUUGAGAUUGUUAACAAGUAUUCUCCAAAAAAUGUAAUGAUCAAUAACAAAUAAUUAAUUUUUUUAAAUAUCCUUGUGCAGAGUGGAGAUUUCCAUUACACUGGUCUGUCACAAGCCUUUAAAUCUACUUACAGUAAGGAAGGACUUAGAGGUAAAAUACAAUUAUAAAAAAAAAUUUAACAACCACUGGCAGUCAGCAGGAUGAACUUGAUAUCUUGGCUUGAGUCCUCAAUAAAUGUGGAAUAGUUUGACAAAACCUGGGUAUGUAGGGCUUGUCAACCCAGGAAGACAGUUUAGAAAACAUCUCAAACAAAUAUACUGUUAAAAUGGAAGUUGGAGCUUGCAUAUUGUAAUUACUUGGCAUAAAGAAACAUCAAUGGGUGAAGAAUAAAUAGGAAUGGCUUAGAAAAAGGAGCUUUGAAAUGUGAUCCAUUUUGAGGGACCUGAAUAAUAAAUGUACAAAAAUUGGCAAGCUGCAGUCACAUAUUUAUAAAUUAUAAAUCUAUCUUGGAUCAAGCUUGUACCAAAUGUAAAGCAAGUCGCAUAUCAUAUUUAACACUGCUUUACUUUUCACCUUCUUCAGGUUUGUUCAGUGGUUUUGGUCCCACUAUGAUGAGGGAUGUACCUUUUUCUGGAAUCUAUCUAAUGUUUUACUUGCAACUGAAAGCUAUAUCACCAGGUAUAUAGAGAUAAAAUGAAAAAUGGUUUUAAAAUAAAAUAAUGGAAUAAGCAAGAAAACAAGAACAUGCAUAUUUCGUCAUUAAGUUCCCAAAAUUGAUAUUUAAAAAACUUGUAUGUUUUAUUAUUUGCAUCACAACUUUUAAAUGGAGCAUUAGUUUAAUGGCAAAUAAUUUUUUGCUUGUAUUGACUGCUGUCGUACAACACCUUUUCAUUUAUUUUUCAAGAUCAUCUCCAGUGUAUUUUGCAUACCAAAUCAAUGGUACCUCUUGGUUCAUAUUACUGUGUCAUCUAAGUAAUAAAAUAUAUUUUUUAAACUUGGUUCUUAGAAUCAAUUACUACUAAAUUAUUAUUUUUUUUUAAAUAUAUCUUUUCUAAUUGUGUUUCCUUUAAACAAUCAUUUUUUGAAUUGUUUAAAGGAAACACAAUUAUAAAAAUUAAUUUUAACAUAAAUUAAUCCUAAAAUUUCUGAAUUAUUCUAUAAAACACUUUAUCAACAUAAUAAAUUGUAUACUUCAAAUUAAGAUCUCAAUAAAAUAUUUUUUUGCUCAAAUCAAGUUGACUUAGAGUAUUCUUCAUCGUAUAUCAACUUUGCUAAUGGCACCAUUGCUGGAAUCUUGGCAUCUUUAAUCACUCAGCCAGCUGAUGUCAUCAAGACAAACAUGCAGCUGUAUCCACACAAGUAUGGAAAAUUAAACUCUGUGGUCUUCUUUAUUUACAAUGUAAGUUUAUCUGUAGUUGAAAAAAUCAAUAUUCUUUUCUUCAGUGGUGAUGUACAGUAAUUUAUUCAGAUAUCUUUGUCUUAAUUGAAAUUAAAAAGAAAAUUCAAUUUAAAGAUAUUUUCAAAGAAAAUUGUAUUUUCAUCAUAGUUUCAAAAUCACAAUCCCACAUAUUUUGACUGAGAGGCUGCUCAUUAGUUAGGUCAACAAAAUUGAGUGGAGGAGGGGGGGAUGUUGGAAAAGUUUUACAGUUGUUGACAAGGGGGAUGGGGGUCAAUAGAAACUUAUGUCAACAAUUUUAUCUUUCUAUGAUACAAUAAAAUAUAUAUAAAUAAAUCAUUAAUGGGCCUCCAUAACUUUUGGCAAAAUAUUUGUGUUUUUAAUGGCUAUAAAAAUUCUUAAAAUUUUAGAAAUUGCUGAUAUUCUAAUCGCUGAUUGGUUAGACUAGACUAGGAUGGUGUCAAUUGGUUGCAUAAUAAUAUUGAUAAGACAAUGAUAUUAAUCAGUUGCUCUGCACUAUUGCAAAAGAGGAACAUUUGGCUAAUCAACAUUAAGAUUUUUAAGAAAUAGCAUUACGUUUACUAACAAUAAUAUUGAGAUCUUAUCAAGUCUUUAAUAAAUUCUGCAAUAUAUAAGUGACUGUAGCUAUCAAUUCUAGUUGUUACAAAUGUAAAAUUUGUCUAAGAAGUUUUUUAAAAUGUCAUAAAUUUGUUGUUCCCGCUGAUUUCUACAUUUUAAGAAUUGAAAAAGAUCUUUAUUUAUUUUUAAUUAUCUUGAAGGGUGGGUGGGGUGUUACAUAAUUGUUGAAAUAAUUAAUUAGAAGGGUCCAUGAAUGCUUGAUAGUUGUUGACAAGUGGGAGGGAGAGUGCUAAAAAAUUGCCUAAAAUUUUUUGACAUAAAAAAUUAUAUAUAUAAUUUUCAAAUUUAGAACAUGGAGCAUUUAGUAAUUUAAAAGUAAAUAUCAAUUGAUAAAUUUAAGUUUAAAUUAAGAUAGGAAUGCCGUUGCUGUCAUUAACUAUUCAGUUACUUUCAAAAGUGUUUGCUUUUUUGGAAAUUUUUUAAAUCCUACUAUACAUAAUUAUAUAGGAGCGGGGUAUGGUUGGCUUCUGGAGGGGCAUAGUUCCUCGUACAUUAAGACGUACUCUCAUGUCUGCCAUGUCUUGGACUGUCUAUGAGGAGGUAGGAUUUUUUUUAUUUUUAAAAAGUUAUGAA